UAUUAGCGACUGCCCAAAAUGGAUUCUGUCCCUAAAGUUCACGUCAAAGAGGCGAACGACCAUUUGCAGCGCAUGUUUUCUCGAAUUAUCGAACUCGAAGAGCUUGGAAAGCAACAGGCGUCAGAAAUCGUGUCGAAAGACGAAGAACUACAGAAACUGAGAACAGUCGUCGGAACCAUAGAAGAAAGGGAGAAAGAACUCACUGAUUUGCGCGAGAAACUAGCGUCUUCCGAGGCAACCGUAAAGCGACUAGUGUUAGACCUAAAAGAACGCGAGGCAGCCGCAGUGGCUUUGAAAGAGAAGGCAAGACACUUUGACUGCAUCCUGAGCAGCAGAGCAGCAUUGGAACGGAUAGUGGAGACUCUACAGUUGUAUGGUGGAGACAAAGUUGAAGCGAACUCUGAGGAUUCUGGUGUAUCAGUAGGUACCGAACAGGAAAAGGAAGAAGAUGAAACCUAGUUGAGUUGAUUUGUUGUGUAUUUUUGUUGAGUUUUUUUAUUAUUGUAGCAAAGAUUUAUUUGUCUAGUUCUAAUAUAUUAUAACUGAGUAUACAG